AUGGUGCCGGCGGACGCCCCGCUGUCCGCGCCCCGGCGGGUCGGGGUCGGGGUCGGGGUCGGGGUCGGGGCCGGGGCCGGGGCCGGGGCCGGGAGGAGGCGCGGAGCGAACGCGGCGGCACCGAGCGCUCAGCGCCCCCCCGCCCGCCACGGCAACAUGGCGCCCGCCGCCCUCCGCGCACGCGCGGCACAGCGCCCGCCCCCUCCCCACCCUCUGUCCCGGAGACGCCUGCGCGCCGCGAGCGGGGCCGGGGCAGCAGGGUCGCGGGUUCGGGACCCGCCGGCGCUGAGCCCGUCCCGAGGAGCCGGCUCCCCCCCAGCCGCGGCCCGUGUGCCGAGCCCGCCGGCUCCCCGUGCACCACGGACCGACCCUGGCCCCCUGGCCCUGCGGUCCGUCCCCCGGCUCUCCAAGCGUGGGGAGCCGCUUGGGAACACCACCGUCUUUUGGCUCCGCCUGGCCUGGGUCCUGGCCCGGCCCCGGCUGCGGCUCCUCCCAGAGUCCUCCCGCGGCCCCGCCCCGGUCGGUCCGGCCAGCCCCGCUGCGGCCGCCUCCUUUGCUCGGCAGCUCGGCCGCCGGCCCCGAACCGCCUGUGCGCAGUGCAGCAGAUCGGGAAGCAGAGUCCGGGGAGGUUGGGGGCCCCGGGAGAGCCCGGUGUCGCCCGCACGGCCGGAGAAGCAUCCCUGGAGCAGCUUUACGGGAGGGGCCGCUGCAGGGAGCGGCGGCUGCGGCAGCGUUUACUCGGGGACGCCUCGCUGUCGGCGCCCCGGCAAGAGGCGGGACGGGUCGGAGGAGGGCAGCGGGCGGCGAGCUCAGCCUGGCGCUCCUUGGCUUGCAGGUGCCCAUCAAACGCGUGUCUCGGGAUCGCAUCUGGGAGUGGGUCAGCCCGAGGGCGCCUCUGUGCCCCUGGAGCUGGUGAUGCUCUUCAGGAUGUCCUCCGGUGGCUUCCGCGGCAUCGUGCAGCUCCUGGACUGGUUCGAGCUCCCCGACAGCUUCGCGCUGGUGAUGGAGCGCCCGGAGCGCUCUCAGGACCUCUGGGAAUUCGGGGACGAGCAGGAGUUCCUGACGGAGGAGGUGGUGCGGGGACUGUUCCCCCAGGUGCUGGCGGCUGUGCGGCACUGCACCAGCCGCGGCGUCCUGCACCGCAACAUCAAGGGCAAGAACAUCAUCCCAGACGUGGCCACCGGCGAGGCGAAGCUGAUCGACUUCGGUUGCGCCACGUUCCUAAAGGACAUGAUCUACACUGGGUGGGCAGGCGAGGCCAAUGCAGGGGCAGCAGAUAAAGGCACUCACAUGUGGGUGUUUUCCAUGCAUGUAUAUUGUGGUCAGGCCUUCCUGGGGCCCCCACUGCCCUCUUCCAGCACUGGGGGCCUUCUCUUAAAACCCAAAGUUUGGAAAGAAGUUGGGUGCUGACAAGAAGGCAGCAGGUCACAUUAGUGCAAGCCCUGCAUUCCCAGGGAUGUCUGGGUGAGGGUCUGGGAGUGGGCAGCAUCCACCUGAUGAGCACCUGAUGUCCCGUAGGAACAUGAGAGUACAGCCCAACAGAAUGGAUCCUCUUGCACUGCUGUCGUGGCCAUUCAGCAACAAUCUGGUCCCUGGGCAUCCUGCUCCAUGAGGUGGUCUGUGGGGACCUUCCUUUCUAUGAUGAUGAGGACAUUGUCCGGGGCCAGCUUUUCUUCCCAUCCACGUGUCUCAUGGCAUUAAGAAGCCAAGAAAAGCAGUCUGUUUCCCUGAGACCGUAGCAGAGUAAGGAGCACAGCUGAUGAGAUGCUUCCGUUGGUGCUGGGGGAAAUUGAGGAAGUGGCUGAACGCUCUCCAUCGUAUUUGAGAAGUCUUGGCAGUCUGGUGAAGUUCCCACAGACUGGAAAAGGGGAAACAUCCUGCCUGCACCUUAAUGGCAUUGUGGUCCUCCUACAAACUGGGGCACAACUGUGGUGUCCUGGAACAUGAUACCAAGCUGGAGAACAACACCCUGGGAUAUGGGCACUGGUGGGGCAAAGCUGAUUGCCUUUGGUUGCAGCGCCUUCCUUGAGGACAUAACUCUGAACCCAGAUGAAAAAAGAUGAGUCCACACCCGGUGGGGGCUGAGGGGAUGCUCCCGGUCUGAGGCAUUGAGGGCUCAGCCUGGCUGGGCACCAGAGGUUCCCUGCUUUGCUGGGGUUGAAGAGGGUGGGAUAAAUUUUUCAGCUGGCUGGCAAGUAGCUUUUUGGUGGGGGAGAGGGUGGAUGUUAUGAAAUGGGAACCAAGCCGGCUCCUGGCCUUGCUGACAGCCUGCGCCAGCCACCCUGGCCCGGGCUGGGGAAACCAGCCCGACAAAAACAUGGCAGGGGGUCAGAGGACAGAGUUCUGCACCCAUGUGGUGGUCGUUUUUGUUUGCAGGCCCUUUAUGAAGGGCUGGGGCUGGGAAAGUUGGGGGCGUUUCCCUGCCUGUGGGGAGGUUUAUUCCUUGCGUGGAAGUAGUCAAACCUUCCCCAGGCCUGUGAUACAAUGAUAAGAUUUUACGUUAGUCUCGUUUCCAGGUUUUGGUUUUAAUUUACUUUCAUGCAAUUGUUAUUUGUCUUUUUAAAGAAAAAUCUACCAUGUGCCUGGACCAGACUGGGAAGUGCUGGGACUGCGACGUGGAUUCACUGCCAGUGCUACCCUGGCCGUGACCCUUCAAGACAGACAAGGACAUCAUCUGGGAUCAGCUUUUCUUUCAGCAAUGGGUCUUUUGAGGUGGGUACCCAGCUUUAUGGCAUGGGUGGCAGAACGGGUUUUGGAAGAUGGCAGCAGGCACACAAGCAUUCUUCUCUUGCAGAAUCAGCUGAGGAGGUUGAUCUCCCCUGGUAAGCUGGAGAAGGUAGGUGGCACAUGUCCUGCCAUCCUGCUCUCCUCCAAAACAGAGAAGGGACUGGGAGGCUUGGGCUCUGAGCACACCCAGUGGCAUGGCCUGGGACUGUGGAUGGUGGGACAGGGUGGACAGGAGCCUUCUCCCACUGUCUGUGGGGUUCUGGUUUCUCUCCACAGUGGCCCAGCACCUCAUCACAUUGAAACAGCAUCAUCGGCCUGCAAAUUUUGGGGGGCAGGGGAUGUUUAUUUGAUGUCAAAAAUAAAUAUUUUUUUUUGGUACUCA